UGACAAAUAGAUCACACGAACACAAUUUUAUAAUUGCUUCAGCACCCCAAUGAGGUAUAAAGUGGACAAUCUACCUUGACAGAAGCAUAAGUGGUUGAUUCCACAGUUCAAACUCGUAAUCAAUAGAUCACACAAAUAUAAUUUUACGGUUGCUCCAAAGAUUAGCUUUCGCUUCUAUUGUUCCAUAUCAGAAAAACAAAAGGGAGGACUUUGAGAGUUUGAAGUCCCAAAGCAUAUUACAUAAAAAAGGCUUUCAUCCACUUUUGCAUAUUCUCAUUGCAUCACAAAACUCCAUUCUUGAAGUGUAGAAAGAUCAAAUCUUGAUCAAGUAAGCAAAACAAAAACAUGGAAAUCUUUAUCAAGAAAGUUCAUUUUCUAGUGUUUUUGAUCCUUUUUGUGAACUUUUCCUUUUCAAGAACCAUUUCUCAAGAAUCACAAUCAGCACAAAACUACUGUGGAGACAUAAAGAUUGAAGAGCCAUUUGUUUCUCAUAACUCAAAAAACUCAUCUUUCUUGAAGAACCUGGUCCUUUGUAGAUCAAAUAUUUUAUACUUCAAAACUUCUCUUGGCCUUUUCCAAAUUUCUUCAAUUGAUUACAAGAACAAACUUUUAACUAUUUCUCAUACUUCUUGUUCUUCUUCAUCCAACUAUGUUUCUCCUAAAGAUUUAUCUUUAGGAUUUCCUAAUCCCCCUUAUCCUAACUCAUUACUCCUAUUCAACUGCUUAAAUCCUAUGCAAAAUACAUCAAAUUGUCCUCAUGACUUGAAAAAUGAAAAAGAUUCUUCUUUUAACUUAUGUAAAGGUCUCAACAAUAAAGGGUCCUUUUCUUUUUCUUGUUUGAUGAUUGAUGAUGUUCAAGAUUUGGUCCAUCCUAAAGAAUUGAAAUGUUCACAUUAUCGAAGAGUUUAUAAAAGUAGUACUUCUCAAGAUGGUAAAAAUGUGAAUUUUGAGUUUGGGACACGGAUAUCUUGGGAUAUUGAUCAUGUACCAAAUCCUUGUGAUGAGUGUAGAAAGCCUCAUGGUAAUUGUGGAGUUGGAUUGAGAUGUCUUUGCCAUUUACCAGAAUGCAAGGUGGAGGUUUCUGUUGGUGCAAUCAAGAGAUCUAGUGGUACUAUGCUUUUCUCUUUGAUUUUCUUGAUUGUUCUUUUGGAUCUUCUUGAAGGGGUUUUAAUGUAGUUAAAAUUUUCACUCUCGUGUGUAAAAACAAGAAGUUAUUUAUUUAACUUUACAAUUCCAAAGAAUGAUAUGUUGUUAUCUUGUUAAAAGAAAAGGUAUGUUGUUUGGACUCUCCAUUUGCUGUCUGGAGUCCUCAAGACAGCAUUUUUAUCAAUAUAUGUCAGUUAAAAUUA